UAUUACAUCAACGGCGUGUGCGGCUCCUUCAUCUCCCUCGUCGGCCUGGCCGGCAACGCCACGGCGGCCAUCGUGCUGCUCUUUCCGGCCAUGAGGAACUCCACCUCCCUGCUCCUGGUGGUCAUGGCCGCGUUUGACACCGUCUUCCUCGCCCUGCACUUCCUCCUGCAGAGCCUGCCGCUGGUCUUCAUGACGAACAACGUCUGCGAGGACUACUUCCCGGUCCGUGAGGCUUUGUUCAAGUACUGCUACGUGCUGGUCCAUGUCGCCCACACGGGCACCAUCUACAUGACCGUCGUGGUGACGCUGGAGAGGGCCAUGGUGGUGCUGCUGCCCCUAAAGGCGAAAAACAUAUGCACCAGAAGCAGAGCGGGGAUCGCUUCGGCUGUGGUCACCGUGUGCUCAAUCAUUUACAAUGUGCCCAGGUACCUGGAGUACACCAACGAGGCCGACAGUUCGCUGGCUUUGACUGACCACAGCGUGACCCGGUCCGAGUUCGGGCGGAGUUUUUUCUUCCAGGUUGUCUACCUCAUCUAUUUCAACAGCGCGGUCCACUUCAUCGUCCCCGUGGGGCUCAUCAUUGUCCUGAACCUCAAGAUGAUUCAGCGCGUGUGCACGCGCGGCCGCCGAGUGGUGCGUCUAGGGGGGUCAUGCGGCGAGUCCCAAACGAGGCUGACGGCCAUGAUCAUCACCUUGACUGGGUUGUUCUGCCUGUGCCAGCUCCUUGCGGCGCUUGAGCUGAUCUUGUGCCCGGACGAACCCGUGGGUCAGUCCGAAGUGGACCCCACCCAUUGUGAAAUGACGGGUACGGUGAUCAGCGCCGUGGGCGAGACGUGCACUCUGCUCAACUCGGCCACGAACUUCGUCGUCUACAGCAUCUUCGGAAACAAAUUUCGCCGCUGCCUGCGCCAGCUGUGCUGU